AAAUACGAAUGUACUUAGAGCUCGACCGUAUUCGAUCUCACUGUGAUCUAUUUUUCUAUUCACAAAAAUGUCGUCUGUAAAAAGAAGGAGGAAUUCCAGUAGAGAGGGUGCGGGUGUGAAUGAUAUGUCGUAUCUUGACAUGAUCCCGGAUGUGGUGCUGAUUGAAAUUUUGUCUUAUCUUCACGCAACUGAAGUCGCCGAAGUCACCGCUAUCAGCAAACGCCUUCGUCAGCUGUCUCGCACCCCGACGGGUUCCCGUCGCAUCAAUCUAUCUAAGUGCCUUCACAUUACGUUUGAGGGGUUGCAGGACUACCUAAGGCCCCUCACGCGAGUGAUGACUGGAGCUCUGGACUUGAGCCAGAACCCCUGGAUACCAGCAAAGUCCUUUGAAAGACUCGCCAAUUUCAUGGUCAAUAUCACAUCGUUGGAUAUAACUGGCUGCUGCAUUAGUGUACCGUGUCUGAACAAGAUCCUUUGCAAGGCAACCAACCUCCACACUCUAGCCUUAACUGAUCGAGGCUUCCAUUUCGUUACAUCUUCCGAAGAGGGAUCAUCCAAGAAGGAUUCCUUCACCAAGAAAAGCCUCCAAACACUCUCGAGAAUCAGGCGUCUUACCAUAGCCUUCUUGAUGUGCAGUGAAGACCUAUCCCUUGUAGUCCACUGCCCUAGGCUGGAAGCCCUAAAGAUUGACCUGCAUGUUCAUGAAAUGCCAUUCAAACUCAGCGCCUGCUAUUGUUCCCUUGAAAACCUGCCAGCGGAGCACUUUUGUAAUCUGAGGAGGUUUACUCAAACGAAUGUACACUCCGUCAUGCACCCGAAUGUAGCAAACCACAUGGGCAGCAUUAUUACAGAGUCAUUGCUACGUGGAACGAAAUUCACAAAGCUCUUCCUCCCAACAUAUCUAACUGAGGAUGAGGAUAUCGCUGAAAUCAAUAAAAUGAACACUUCUUGGUCAUCGAGCCUCAGUCAUGCAGACCUCCCAUUUGAGCUGAAGGGACCUUUGCCCUCCCUACGCUACCUACAAACAGACUACCUCCGUUAUAAGAAAGUGGAAGAUUUUAAACAGUUUCCAAACCUUCAGUAUCUCUUUUUGUCACCGAAAGCUGAUGGAAAGUUGGAGUUUAAAUUAGAUCUACUUCCAAUCUUAGCUGAUUCUUGCCCUCACCUCAUUGGACUGUGUUUACCUGAUACUCACAUUCAUCCCAAGGCUACUGAUGAACCGGUUGCUAUGAUACUUGGACGAUUCAAAAAGUUACAGCAUCUAUCGAUAUCUCCUUGUGCCUUCCAGGUACACAAUCAGGCCAAUCAUUCAAUUUUUGACACCGAGGAAGACAUUGCCGAGAAGAAUGCAGCAGCAACGAGCAAUGAGAGACCAGCUGAAUUGUUGAAGGACAUAUCUGGUCUGGUAAAAGCCUGCCCUUUUCUAACGGAACUAGAACUGAUCUAUCCACAAACAAACAUCGUCUUCAUAUCAAACGUUACACGUGCACCAGUUUGCAGCAAGGAGUCUACGGAGACGGUACCUACCGAUACCUCACUCGCUGCUAUAGGGAACCUCAAGUUUCUCCAAAGACUAACAAUUGGUGGCGCUCUAGGGAUCCGUCAUGGCGGAGGCUUCGUGAGGAUAUUCAAGGAAUGUCGUCAGCUCUACUUCCUGUCCCUGGCAGACAUUGGACUUAGUGGGCAGUGUACGUGGAUGCCAGCUUUCUGCGAAGCCCUGCAGUAUGCGUCAUCACUGCAAGAUUUAAGGGUGGAACACCAAAACCUGGAGUUGUCAACACAGUUUCAGCUUGCUUUACAGAACUGCAAGAGAUUGAGAAGGCUUCUCUUGCACUCACAGAAAAGAAGGAUCCAGAAGUCGAAGGGUGGGAACAUCUAUUGGCCGCAGUGUGGUAGGUUUCUAGAUUUACUGCGCACCUGUCCCGACCUCCAUCUACUGGCCGUGUUUUCUGCAGAUCCUAAGAGUAUGACGAGACUAGGGACAGAUGAGAGCAGCUUGAAGAAGAGUAGACUGGAAGCCUUCUUUGGAUUGUCUUUCCCACAGUGCAGACAUAAUCUUCGUUUUGACAACAUCAACUGGCGAGAGUUUGUGGUAUUUAGACAUCAUGUGUGUGAGCCAACGAAAUUUAAUGGUAUCAUGUGAUCUGAUAGGGCCCUUGUCAUAUAAGGUUAUGACCGAUCUAAUCGAUCACAACUCUUGGAAGCCAGCGAUGACGGCAUCCGCAGUGCAUACAUCCGUUAUUGAAAUUGAUUUUCAAAUACUCGUACACGCAUCACUGUCUUGAACAAUAACAUACUCUUCAUUGUUUCCAAGGAGACAUUGGCCCGUAUUCCGAAGUCGAGUUUAACUUAAACUCAGUUUUAAAGAUGUGGUUUAAGUAUGGAUAGCC